AGAGCACAGAACCAGGACGAGUUCAGGAAGGAAGACAAGGUGGCAGAGUGGAAGGUCAGGGACUCAGAGGAAGCUAGGUGAAAACCAAAGCUCAGAGAUUUGUUCCUCUGAUUCUGCUGCUGCUGGUUCAGCUGAGCAGACAUGUUGGGAAGAACAGGAAACUUUAUUGGACUCUACAGGUUAGAGCUUCAGCAGUGUCGCCAGCUGUCCUCCCCUCUCCCUCCCCCUCUACCAGUGCUCCCCAGACUCCAUUUCCCACCAAAGAAUGAGAAAAGUUACCAGGUGGGGCAUGAAAUGGGACAGAUGAGUCCUGCUCAGGUCAACCACAUCUUAAAGGCCAACGAGUGCAGCCACACAUUCCCUCGAGGCCCAGCCUCUCAUGGAGUUCUAGGUUUCCAUAGCAACAUGCUGCCAUCCAACAACCCUUGCGAGGACCGUCGAAGCAGUGCCACCUGCCUGCUGGGCCGUGGUGGCAUUCUGUUAGGUGUGUUUGAUGGUCACGCAGGUCCCUCGUGUGCACACGCCAUCAGCCAAAGGCUCUUCUACUAUGUCACUGUGGCGAUGCUGCCACUGAAGAUGCUGCAGGAGCUAGAGUGUGCCGUGGACGAGGAACGGGCCGUGCCGCCAUUGCUGGAGUGGCACAAACACCCCCAAGACCACAGCUACCCCGACGGAUCCACAAUCUCAUUCCAAAGCCUCAGAAACUACUGGCAGGAGAGGCUGGGAGAUGAGGAAGAGGAUGAGAAAGAGGAGGAUGACAGCAGAGUGACAUCAGCGCUGGUCAACGCUUUCCUUCGUCUUGACUACGACCUGUCUGUGGAGGCCCAGGUCCACCUGUCCCUGUCCUCACCCAGACGGGUGUCUCUUCCUGGGGAGGGUUUGCCUCUGUUCUCGCCCCUCCGGGUGGCGCUGUCCGGCUCCACUGCCUGUGUUGUCCAUGUCUCAAAUGGUGUCCUUCACAUGGCCAACCUGGGUGAUAGUCGGGCUGUUCUGGGUGUCCAGGAACCAGAUGGGCACUGGUCGGCAGUUAGCCUCACUAAUGAUCACAAUGCACAGAACCCAGACGAGUUGAAAAGGAUUCUGGGAGAGCACCCACGCUCUGAGUGCAGAACGAUGGUUCGGCAUGACCGUCUGCUGGGUCUGCUGCUGCCUUUCAGGGCAUUUGGUGAUGUCCGCUUCAAGUGGAAGGCGGAGAUGCUGAGUCGAAUGUACGAAACCCGACCUGACAUCUUGUCAGCUGUUACUGAGGCGGUCCGUACACUGCCGCCACACUACCUGACCCCGCCCUACCUGAGUGCCCACCCGGAGGUCACGCAACACCUGAUUAGACCUGCAGACAAGUUCCUGGUCCUGGCAACCGAUGGACUCUGGGAGCUGAUGCACCGACAGACGGUGGUCCAGCUGGUCGGAGAGCUGCUGACAGGUCUUCAGCAACAGAGACCAAUCAUCCCCAGUGUGGACAUGACGCUAGGCGGCCUGCAGCGCAUCCUGUUAGAGAGAAGGGGCCGAGUCCUGUCGGUGCUGGAGGACCAGAACGCUGCCACUCACCUACUGCGCCAUGCGCUGGGCGAUGACGGCUACGGAGCUGUGGACCAGAACCGCCUGACCAAGAUGCUGAGUCUACCAGCUGAGCUGGCCCGCAGGUAUCGCGAUGACAUCACCAUCACUGUCAUCCACUUAAACGAGCUCUGACCAAUCAGCUCCUCUGUCUGGUUCAUUCUGAUGGAUACCUGCAGGUCCACUCCGUUCACUUGGUGGUUCUCUCACCUGGAGCCAGUUAGUGGUUUCUAAAGCCAUCAAACACAAAACC